UAUGUAUUUUCAUUUAAAAGUUGACAAGCUCCGUUUCAAAAAUUAAUUUUCAGCAUAACGAGGAGGGCAUUGUAGGGAUGGCCAAUAAGGGACCAAACACAAACAAUUCACAAUUUUAUAUUACAACUGUCCCUUGCAACCAUUUGGAUGGUCGAAAUGUAGCAUUUGGAAAGGUGGUGAGAGGACUUAACGUAAUUAAAGAAAUGUCAGAUGUACCACGAAACGAAGAUGUACCUUUGGAGCCAUGUGUAAUAGAAGAUUGUGGAGAACUAAAAAAUGGGGCGCCGUUAGAUGUUUCCGAACACGACAGUACCGAAGAUACAUUUCCUCCUUGGCCUGACGAUUGGGAAAUUGAAACGGAAAAACAACCCGACGAAUUUAUCAAAGCCGCUAGUAUGAUUAAAAACUCUGGAAAUUUUUACUAUAAAAACAAACAAUUUUAUGAUGCCCAUAGAAAAUAUAAAAAAGCGAUAAGAUAUAUAGAGUACUUAGAAAAGAAAAAGUUACCAUUUAAUGAAAAAGAAGCUCAUUCGGUCAAAGUAACGUCAAUGUUAAAUUUUGCGGCUGUAAAAUUGAAGAAAGGAAAGCACUUGGAUGCAUUAAAAGUCUGUAAUAAGAUUUUAAGUAUAAAUCCAGACGACAGGAAAGCUUUAUUUAGAAGAGCACAGGCAAGAGUGGGUCUAAAAGAAUAUGACGAAGCAUUAAAUGACUUAAAAAAUUUAUUGAAAUUGUAUCCAAAGGAAAAAGAAGUAAUUAACGAACUGGAAAAUGUUAUGAAACUAAAAAGUAACUAUUUAUUAAAAGAAAAAAUCCUUUUUACUAAAAUGUUUAAGAAUAUGCAAAGCUAAACAGUGAACGUUUUUAUUGAACUGUGAAAAGUUACAAUGAAAUUAUGAAUUUAGUUUAAUCAGGAUAAUUUAAAUGUGCUUUCAAAAGAGAUAUUUAUUUUAUUACCGAAGGAAUUUUAUUAACGCAAAAAGUGCAAACGCAUUACCUUCAACAAACGCAUAUAAUUAAAAUAAUAUGUAAUUAAUCUAAAUUUAAAUGUAAAUGUUAUUAUUUUAAACUGGGAAAGAAGCAAUUUUUGUUAACUAAAAUGCUUUAAUGUUGAAAUACUUUUUUCUGUUACUGAAAAAUCGUUAGAAAAUAUUUAAAUAAAACUAUUAUUGUAAAUGACUAGUACUUAAAAUGGUGUUUUAUUUAGAUCUUUUAAUUGUUAAUUAAGUUUUUUAAAAUAGAUAAAUUUAAACGAAUUAGAAUGCAAAAAUAAAUUUCCAUAAUAACUCGAUAAUCUUGCUAAAAUGAAGAUAUGUAACUAGAUAAUAAAGACCCGAUUAAUAAGGUUGUUUUACCAAUUCCAAAUAACUAUUAAAUUAAAAAACGAUUGUGAUUUUUAUUGGAAAUGUAUAAGACCAAGUAAUACUGAUGACAGAGUACUCGAAUUCUAAUAAUAUUCAAACUACCUGAUAUUUUAUGUUUUUAUCGAAUUCCCUGAUGAUUUGUUAGAAUAUCUAUUUUAUUUAUAACGAGCAUUUAGCUGCAACUUCGCGUCAAACUAUUUGCAACAACCAAUUGCCUUAAAGGAGUUUCUGAGAAAAUGUGCAAUCCGAUUUACACUGGUGACGAACAAAAACUUGUUUAUGUAUGUAACUAAACAAGCACGAAGUCGAAAAGAAGUUGUUGAUUAUGCAAAUCCUUUAUAUAUUACAAGAAAAAGGGAGUUUCACGGUUUGUAAGAUACUUGACAAGCAGUAAUUUAAGGAUAAUGACAUUUCCAUUCACAGGUCUAAGUAACACCCCUAAAAAAUAUACAAAUGAUUUCUGUUCUUUUGUCCACCCAAAAAAUUUUUAAUGGUAUAUUAAGAUUUCUAUUGAUAGAGAUAAGUAAAUAAAUGAUUAAAAAAAACUAAAAGACCCGACUCCAAUUUAAAAAAUACCAAGUUUAAAUUAUUAAAUACCUUAUAGGUACGAGAGUUCUUUACAUUUUCUUAACGUUGGACUGACCCUUCCCGGUAGUUUAUACUAUCCUAAUUUAUUAAGAUUCGAAAAAAUUACUAUAAUGCAUUGCUAAAUUAAAGUAAAUUUAAAUGCAGGCGGGUCCCAUUAAAUCUAAUAGAGUGCGUCCCGCCUGCAUUUAAAUUAACAACGUAUCAUAAUAUCGAAUCUCAAUAAUUACGUAUUAAUUAAGCUUUCCUAAAUUAGGAUAGUAUAAACUACCGGGAAGGGCGAGGGCAAAUAAAAUAAAUCUUGCCCUUCAAUGCUCAUAUUGUAAUUUUGGGAAUUGUAUUGUGUUAUUGAGUAGUAAAUUUUGUCUUAUUUAUGCAUCCAUACCACAAUCUCCUAUUUCAUCAAGUUAUGGACAGUAUAUUGCCAUCUACUAACAUUUACUGCUAACUGUAGUAUUUCAAAUGUGUGACGAUGGUCUUACGAAACACGUAAAGCAAAUAAGAAUAUGUUCUAUAUAUGUAUAGAAAGUAUUUUAAAUUAUAAUUGAGAUCCACAACUUCCCUUAUUCUGCCUAACAUUAUUUUCUGAUACAUUCUACGUACUAAAAAUUAAUAACUGAAUAAAGCAAUGCGCUGUGACAUAUAGAGUUAGUUUUGAAGAUUGCAUUUGUUCUACUAUGAUAUGAAAAAAUUUUAUCGUUUAUCUACCAUAUAUUACAAAUAUAAAGGCAAAUAUUUUUUAUUGAUAGUAAAGUUUUAACAAUGGGUAAUAAGAUCGUGUAUUUUUUUUUAAAAACGAAAUAAUAGUAUGCAGUGCGCAUAACAUACAAUAAAUAAAUGGAUGGCUGCGACUUAUGUACAAAUGACCUUAGCAGUAAUCAUUUAUUAUAAUACCAUUAUUAUUACUUAUUAUUACCUAUGCAAUUUAUACAACGCUGCAAAAAGGCAUUUCGUUCAGCAUUUUCACUUUUUAAUUUCGCGGUGAUUAAGGCAGAACAUCUUAUUUUAUUAUAUAUUAACAUUGCACAAAAAACUUCUGGCUCGGUUAGUGGCUGUCUAUAUAUAAACAUUUUCUGUUACAUAUUUUAUCAAAAAAUUGUGUUAAAAUGUAAAGACAACUAUGAAAAGUGGUUGUACCUACUUUUGAAAACAAGUAACUUCUGGUUCUUUACACAGUACAAAGUAUCGACUCGAUUUUAUAUAUUGAAAAAAUUAUAAUGUAGUAAAAAAGAAAUAUCCUUUAAACAAGGCUUCGCCUAUUAUUAAUUUCACUGAAGAAAUCUCGAUGUAUUCAUCAUAAACGUAAUUUCUUAUCAAAAUAUUUUCGAAACAACUGUGUUUGAAAUAUUUCAUGUUUUAAUAAUUUUUUAAUUCUUAUUUGCUAUUUAUAAGAAAGUUUAACUGAAACUGGAAAGAUAAUAGCAACUUAAGUUUAAGACCACUUUUAUGAAACUGUAGAAUUUUAAAAUAAUAGUAACGUCUUGAUAAAGCAUUCAGCAGAUACAAAAUAAAUGCAAUAUUAAUUAACAGCGUAUUCUUGUUCUGCAGAUACAUUUCAGAACAAUCCAAAACCACGUUAUUAGUUGUAUUAAGGCAGUAAAUUAUGUAACUAUUUGAUAUAAAUACUUUCCUUCAAUAUUGCACUAAGGUGUA